UAACUUCCGCCCUCUAACCGGAAGUGCUCCUCCGGCCUCUGUUUCCCUCGCUUCAGCAACUCAAACGUUUCUGGAACCUGAACUGAGGAGAGCCGUCGUCGUCAAGAUGGCGGCGUCGGGCGGAGUCGUCGUCGGCAGCGCUGGUUCUUCCCCGACCGGGGCAGCGGCGGCGGCGGCAGCAGCGGAGCGGGAGCCCGGCUGGGAGGUCGCGGUGCGGCCGCUUCUCUCCGCCUCGUACUCGGCCUUCGAGAUGCGAGAACUGCCGCAGCUGUUGGCCUCCGUCAUUGAGAGUGAGUCUGAAAUCUUGCACCACGACAAGCAAUAUGAACCUUUCUACUCGUCCUUUGUUGCGCUCGCAACACACUACAUCACCACAGUGUGUGGACUGGUACCUAGAAAUCAGCUGCAGUCUGUGGCAGCUGCCUGCAAAGUCCUGAUUGAGUUCUCCCUGCUGCGACUUGAGAACCCGGAUGAGGCCUGUGCCGUUUCACAGAAACACCUGAUCCUGCUGAUCAAGGGCCUGUGCACUGGCUGCAGCCGCCUUGACAGAACCGAAAUCAUCACGUUCACAGCUAUGAUGAAGUCGGCCAAACUACCCCAGACAGUGAAGACCCUCUCUGACGUGGAGGACCAGAAAGAGCUGGCUUCCCCGGUCAGCCCUGAACUGCGCCAGAAGGAAGUACAGAUGAACUUCCUCAACCAGCUAACGUCUGUCUUCAAUCCUAGAGUGGCAACCUCGCCAAUGCUGACACAGACUCAGGGAGAAGGCGAAAGUGACGACCAGGCGUCCACAGACCAGGCCUCCGCAGCCAAGACGAAGAGUGUAUUUAUUGCUCAGAAUGUGGCCAGCUUGCAAGAACUUGGUGGCUCUGAAAAGCUGCUACGAGUCUGCCUGAACCUCCCUUACUUCCUGCGCUACAUAAACCGCUUCCAGGAUGCCGUCUCUGCCAAUUCCUUUUUCAUCAUGCCAGCCACUGUAGCUGACGCCACUGCAGUCCGUAAUGGGUUCCAUUCGCUGGUGAUUGAUGUGACGAUGGCUUUGGACACCCUCUCCCUCCCUGUUCUAGAGCCUCUGACUCCCACAAGGCUGCAGGACGUCACUGUUCUGGCUCUCAGUUGCCUCUACGCAGGGGUGAGCGUGGCGACCUGCAUGGCCAUCCUGCACGUGGGCAGCACCCAGCAAGUCCGCACUGGCUCCACGAGCUCUAAAGAAGAAGACUACGAAAAUGACGCAGCCACCAUUGUGCAGAAAUGUCUUGAAAUCUACGACAUGAUUGGCCAGGCCAUCAGCAAUUCACGCCGUGCAGGCGGAGAGCACUACCAGAACUUCCAGCUCCUUGGCGCCUGGUGUUUGCUGAACAGCUUGUUCCUCAUCUUGAACCUUAGCCCCACAGCCCUGGCUGAUAAGGGGAAAGAGAAGGACCCCCUGGCUGCCCUCCGGGUACGGGACAUCAUUGCUCGCUCCAAAGAGGGAGUGGGAUCUCCUAAGCUGGGACCUGGGAAAGGGCACCAGGGCUUUGGUGUCUUGUCGGUGGUUCUUGCAAAUCACGCCAUCAAGCUGCUCACCUCGCUCUUCCAAGACCUGCAAGUUGAAGCUCUUCACAAGGGCUGGGAGACAGAUGGGCCCCCAGCUGUGCUGAACAUCAUGGCCCAGAGCACAUCGAUCCAGCGGAUCCAGCGGCUGAUCGAUUCAGUGCCCCUCACGAAUCUGCUGCUGACCUUGUUGUCCACAUCGUACAGAAAGGCUUGUGUUCUUCAGCGACAGCGGAAGGGUUCUAUGAGCAGCGAUGUGAGCGCCUCCACAGACUCCAACACUUACUACGAGGAUGAUUUCAGCAGCACCGAAGACAGCAGCCAGGAUGAUGACAGCGAGCCCAUCCUCGGGCAGUGGUUUGAAGAGACCAUCUCACCAAGCAAAGAGAAAGUGGCCCCUCCGCCACCACCUCCGCCGCCGCCUCCCCUGGAGAGCUCCCCCCGCGUGAAAAGCCCCAACAAGCAGGCCCAGGGAGACAACGGGAACAUCCUGGCCAGCCGCAAAGACCCCGAACUGUUCUUAAGCCUGGCCUCCAAUAUCCUGAACUUUGUGACUGCCUCCAUGCUGGACUCCAGGAAUAAUUUCAUCCGCAACUAUCUGAGCGUCUCGCUUACGGAGCAGCACAUGGCCACGCUGGCCAGCAUCAUCAAGGAAGUGGACAAGGACGGACUCAAAGGUACCGCAGAGGAGGAGGAGUUUGCCGCUGCGCUGUAUCACUUCAACCACUCGUUGGUAACCUCAGACCUCCAGUCCCCUACCUUGCAGAGCACUCUCCUGCAGCAGCUGGGCGUGGCCCCUUUCUCUGAAGGGCCCUGGCCCCUCUACAUCCACCCGCAGAGCUUGUCCAUCCUCUCUCGGCUUCUCCUCAUCUGGCAGCAUAAAGCCAGCACCCAAGGAGAACCUGAUGUGCCGGAGUGCCUGAAAGUUUGGGAGAGGUUUGUGGGCACCUUAAAGCAGAACGCCAUGCAGGGGACCCUCCCCAGCGACACCGAGGACCUGAACGUUGAGCACCUCCAGCUGCUCCUGCUGAUCUUCCACAGCUUUUCCGAGAAAGGCCGGCGCUCAGUCUUGAUUCUCUGCAUCCAGACCAUCCUGGAGCUGACGGCCAGCCUGGACUCUCAGCUGUGCUGCGUCCCUCUCCUCCUGGCCCGCCUCCUCUUAGUCUUCGACUACUUGCUCCACCAGUAUUCAAAGGUUCCUGUGUAUCUGUUUGAACAGGUGCAAUACAACCUGCUGACCCCACCCAUCGUUUGGGCCAGCGGGUCCCAGGAUGGCGGUCGGCGUACCUCUUCUCCCCUUUACCACAGCUUCAAGGAAGUGGAAGAAAACUGGGCCAAGCACUGCUCCUCAGAUACAGCCCACCAGCCCAGGUUCUACUGCAUUCUCUCCCCGGAAGCCUCUGAGGAUGACCUGAACCGCCUUGAUAACAUGGUCUGUGAGGUCUUGUUCUCCAAGGCCACGAAAUACGAUGACCUGUACUCGGCUCUUACCUCACUGCUGGCAGCCGGUUCCCAGUUUGACACCCUCCGCAGGAAGGAGAACAAAAACGUCACUGCGCUGGAGGCCUGUGCUCUUCAGUACUACUUCUUGAUCCUCUGGCGGAUCCUGGGGAUCCUGCCGCCCUCCAAGAAUUACAUGAACCAGCUGGCGAUGAACAGCCCUGAGAUGAGCGAGUGUGACAUCCUGCACACACUGCGCUGGUCCUCCCGCCUGCGCAUCCCCACCUAUGUCGGCUGGAUCAAGGAUCACCUUAUCAAGCAGGGCAUGAAAUCUGAGCACGCCACUUCUCUCGUCGAGCUGACUUCGGCCAAGUGUAGUUCAGUGAAAUAUGAUGUGGAAAUCGCAGAGGAGUACUUUGCCAGACAGAUCUCUUCGUUCUGCGGGAUCGACUGCACUACCAUCCUGAGGCUCCAUGAGAUCCCCAGCUUGCAGUCGAUCUACACCCUGGACGCCGCAAUUUCCAAGGUCCAGGUCUCCCUCGACGAACACUUCUCCAAGCUGGCCGCUGAGACCGACCCACACAAAUCGUCCAAGAUCACCAAGAACUUGCUGCCAGCUACUUUGCAGCUGAUUGACACCUAUGCCACCUUCACCAGGUCUUACUUGCUGCAGAGCGUCCCUGAGGAAGGCGCUGCCGAGAAUAAGCCACCAGAGGAGAAGUUGCAGGGAUACGCGGCCGUCCUGGCUAUCGGCUCCAGCCGAUGCAAGUCCAACACUUUGGGGCCAACUCUGGUCCAGAACUUGCCUUCAGCUGUACAGUCGUUGUGUGAAUCAUGGAACAACAUCCACACAAAUGAAUUCCCAAACAUUGGCUCAUGGCGCAACGCUUUUGCGAACGACACGAUCCCAGCGGAGAGUUACAUCAGUGCGGUUCAGGCGGCCCACCUUGGCACCCUCUGCAGCCAGAGCCUUCCUCUCGCGGCCUCCUUAAAGCGCACCCUCCUCUCCUUGGUCAGGCUCACCGGUGACCUCAUUGUUUGGUCAGAUGAACUGAACCCCCCCCAGGUCAUCCGCACGCUGCUGCCCCUCCUCCUGGAGACCAGCACGGAGAGCGUGGCGGAGGUCAGCAGCAACUCCCUCGAGAGGAUCCUGGGCCCAGCAGAGUCGGAUGAGUUCCUCUCGCGUGUCUACGAGAAACUGAUCAUGGGAUGUUACAACAUUCUGGCUAAUCACUGUGACCCCAACAGUGGCCUUGAUGAAUCCAUCUUGGAAGAGUGUCUGCAGCAUCUGGAGAAACAGCUGGAAAGCAGCCAGGCCCGGAAAGCGAUGGAAGAGUUUUUCUCUGAGAGCGGAGAACUGGUGCAGAUCAUGAUGGCGACGGCCAACGAGAGCCUCUCUGCGAAGUUCUGCAACAGGGUCCUGAAGUUUUUCACCAAACUCUUCCAGCUGACCGAGAAGAGCCCUAACCCCAGCCUCUUGCGCCUGUGUGGCUCCUUGGCCCAGCUGGCUUGCGUGGAGCCGGUGCGCCUGCAAGCCUGGCUGACGCGCAUGACCACCUCGCCCCCAAAGGAGUCUGAUCAGGUGGAGGUGGUGCAGGAGAACCGGCAGCUGCUGCAGCUGCUGACGACCUACAUCGUUCGCGAGAACAGCCAAGUCGGUGAAGGCGCCUGCACCGUCCUCCUGAGCACCCUGAUCCCGAUGGCCACUGAGAUGCUGGCGAAUGGCGACGGAACUGGCUUUCCCGAGCUUAUGGUCGUCAUGGCCACCCUGGCCGGCGCUGGGCAAGGGGCGGGUCACCUCCAGCUUCACAGCGCCGCAGUCGAUUGGCUGACCAGAUGCAAGAAAUACUUGUCUCAGAAGAACGUGGUUGAGAAAAUGAACGCCAACGUAAUGCAUGGAAAGCACGUGACCAUUCUGGAGUGCACCUGCCACAUCGUCUCCUACCUGGCCGACGUCACCAAUGCCCUGAGCCAGACCGGCGGGCAGGGCCCCAGCCAGCUCUCGGUCGAUGGGGAGGAGCGGGCCAUUGAAGUGGACUCGGACUGGGUGGAGGAGCUGGCUGUGGAGGAGGAGGACUCGCAAGCCGAAGACUCGGACGAAGACUCUCUCUGCAACAAGCUUUGUACGUUUACCAUCACGCAGAAAGAAUUCAUGAACCAACACUGGUACCACUGCCACACCUGCAAGAUGGUGGACGGUGUUGGCGUUUGCACUGUGUGCGCGAAGGUUUGCCACAAAGACCACGAGAUCUCAUACGCCAAGUACGGCUCCUUCUUUUGCGACUGUGGUGCUAAGGAAGAUGGCAGUUGCCUGGCCCUGGUGAAGAGGACGCCCAGCAGCGGCAUGAGCUCCACCAUGAAGGAGUCCGCCUUCCAGAGCGAGACCCGCGUGCCCGAGAGUGUCGUCCGGCACUCCAGCACCUCUCCCACCGACAAAUCUAAGGGUUCCGUCAGCGACGGGCGGGGAGGGCCCGACGAGGAGAAGCCCAAGAAGAGCAGCCUGUGUCGGAACGUAGAGGGCUGUCGGGAGCAGCUGCAGUCCCAGGCCAAUUUCUCCUUUGCUCCUUUGGUGCUGGAUAUGCUGAACUUCCUCAUGGAAGCCAUCCAGGUCAAUUUCCAGCAGGCCUCGGCCAUGGGCAGUAGCAGCCGGGCCCAGCAGGCCCUCAACGAGCUGCACACCUUGGACAAGACUGUGGAAAUGACGGAUCAGUUGAUGGUGCCAACUCUGGGCUCUCAGGAAGGGGCCUUUGAGAAUGUCCGCAUGAAUUACAGCGGGGACCAGGGCCAGACCAUCCGGCAGCUGAUCAGCGCCCAUGUCCUGCGGCGGGUGGCCAUGUGUGUGCUUUCCUCGCCUCACGGGCGCCGCCAGCAUCUGGCUGUCAGCCACGAGAAAGGGAAGAUCACAGUGUUGCAGCUCUCAGCUCUGCUGAAGCAAGCCGACUCCAGCAAGCGGAAGCUGACCCUUACUCGCCUUGCGUCUGCCCCGGUGCCCUUCACCGUCCUGAGCCUUACGGGGAACCCAUGCAAAGAGGAUUAUUUGGCCGUUUGCGGGCUGAAGGACUGCCACGUCCUCACCUUCAGCAGCUCGGGCUCUGUCUCUGACCAUCUGGUGCUUCACCCUCAGCUCGCCACGGGCAACUUCAUCAUCAAAGCCGUGUGGCUGCCAGGUUCGCAGACGGAGCUUGGCAUCGUCACGGCGGACUUUGUGAAGAUUUACGACCUCUCAGUGGACGCCUUGAGCCCGACUUUCUAUUUCCUGCUGCCCAGCUCCAAGAUCAGGGACAUCACUUUCCUGUUCAACGAGGAGGGCAAAAACAUUGUCGUCAUCAUGUCCUCUGCCGGCUACAUCUACACGCAGCUCAUGGAGGCAGCCAGCAGCGCCCAGCAUGGCCCCUUCUACGUCACCAAUGUCCUCGAGAUCUCACACGAGGACCUGAAGGACAGCAACGGGCAGGUGGCCGGAGGUGGCGUGUCCGUCUAUUACUCUCACGUCCUUCAGAUGCUCUUCUUCAGUUACUGUCAAGGCAAAUCCUUUGCAGCCACAAUCAGCCGAGCCACACUGGAGGUGAUGCGCCUCUUCCCCAUCAACAUCAAAAGCACCAACGGCAGCAGCAAGACCUCCCCAGCGCUCUGCCAGUGGUCAGAGGUAAUGAACCACCCUGGCCUGGUCUGCUGCGUGCAACAGACAACUGGUGUCCCUCUGGUGGUGAUGGUGAAGCCAGACACUUUCCUGAUCCAGGAAAUUAAAACCUUACCGGCUAAAGCCAAGAUCCAGGACAUGGUGGCCAUCCGGCACACAGCCUGCAACGAGCAGCAGAGGACCACCAUGAUCCUCCUCUGCGAGGACGGCAGCCUGCGGAUCUACAUGGCAAAUGUAGAGAACACUUCCUACUGGCUCCAGCCCUCGCUCCAGCCCAGCAGUGUCAUCAGCAUCAUGAAGCCAGUCCGCAAGCGCAAGGCGGCCGCCAUCACAACUCGCACCUCCACCCAAGUGAACUUCCCCAUAGACUUCUUUGAGCACAACCAGCAGUUGACAGAUGUGGAAUUUGGGGGCAACGACCUCUUGCAGGUCUACAACGCUCAGCAGAUCAAGCAUCGACUCAACUCAACUGGCAUGUAUGUGGCCAACACCAAGCCCGGUGGCUUCACCAUCGAAGUGACCAACAACAGCAGCACCAUGGUGAUGACCGGCAUGAGGGUCCAGAUUGGGACCCAAGCCAUUGAGCGAGCCCCUUCCUACCUGGAGAUCUUUGGCCGCACCAUGCAGCUCAGCCUGAGCCGGCCACGGUGGUUUGAUUUCCCCUUCACCCGAGAGGAAGCACUGCAGGCUGACAAGAAGCUGACUAUCUUCGUCGGGGCGUCUGUGGACCCUGCUGGCGUCACCAUGUUGGACGCCAUCAAGAUCUAUGGCAAGACGAAGGAGCAGUUUGGGUGGCCAGAUGAACCCCCAGAGGAUUUCCCGUCGGCGUCUGUGAACAACGUCUGUCCCCCCAACUUGAAUCAGGGGAAUGGGACCGGAGACACAGAAUCUGCCACCCCAGUGGCUACAAGCGCCACCGUUCUCGAGAGUUCUGAAACUGAGUCCUUAACCACCCUGGACCGGCUAGUAGUGAGUUCUUUAGAAGCUCUGGAAAGCUGCUUUGCCGUUGGACCAGUCAACGAAAAGGAAAAAAGCAAGAUGGCUGCCCAGGACCUGGCCACCAUGCUCCUGUCGACUCCGGCCCCCUCCAGCGUCCAGCAGCAGACCAAAAGCCUCCUGGCUAGCCUCCACGCCAGCCGCUCGGCAUAUCACAACCACAAGGAUCAGGCCCUGCUGAGCAAAGCCAUCCAGUACCUGACCUCCUCGAGCAAAGAGGGGAGAGACCUUGACCCGGAAGUGUUCCAAAGGCUGGUCAUCACAGCCCGCUCCAUCGCCAUCAUGAGGCCCAAUAACCUGGUCCACUUCACGGAGUCGAAGCUGCCGCAGUUGGAAGCAGAAGGUGGCGAAGAAGCACAAGAGAUCCAGAAGAACGCGGAAGGAGAAGGGUGCAGUUUUAUUACUCAGCUGGUCAACCAUUUCUGGAAACUACACGCCUCGAAGCCCAAGAACGCCUUCCUGGCUCCCGCUUGCUUGCCAGGCCUAACCCACGUGGAGGCCACAGUCAACGCUCUGGUGGAUAUUAUCCAUGGCUAUUGCACCUGCGAGCUGGACUGCAUCAACACCGCUUCCAAAAUCUACAUGCAGAUGUUGCUCUGCCCGGAUCCAGCCGUGAGCUUCUCUUGCAAGCAAGCUUUGAUCCGCGUGCUGCGGCCCAGGAACAAGCGGAGGCACGUGACCCUGCCCUCUUCUCCUCGAAGUAACACCCCGAUGGGAGACAAAGAUGAUUAUGACGAUGACGACGCCGAGGAUAAGAUGCAGAGCUCCGGGAUACCAAACGGCGAAGACAUCCGGCAGGAAAGCCAGGAGCAAAGCGAGGUGGACCAGGGCGACUUCGAGAUGGUGUCUGAGUCGAUGGUGCUGGAGACAGCUGAGAACGUCAACAACGGCAACCCCUCUCCGCUGGAAGCUCUCCUGGGUGGAGCUGAGGGGUUCCCUCCCAUGCUGGACAUCCCACCAGAUGCAGAUGACGAAACCAUGGUGGAGCUGGCCAUCGCUCUGAGCCUGCAGCAAGAUCAGCAAGGGAGCAACAGCAGCGCACUCGGCCUACAGAGCCUGGGACUGUCUGGCCAAGCCCCCAGCUCUUCCUCCCUGGACGCCGGGACCCUUUCAGACACCACAGCAUCAGCUCCAGCUUCUGAUGACGAAGGUAGCACAGCAGCCACGGAUGGCUCCACCCUCCGGACCUCCCCAGCUGACCACGGCGGCAGCGUGGGCUCCGAGAGUGGCGGCAGCGCGGUGGAUUCUGUUGCAGGCGAGCACAGCGUGUCCGGCCGCAGCAGCGCCUACGGCGACACGACGGCCGAGGGCCAUCCUGCUGGGCCUGGGAGCGUCAGUUCCAGCACGGGCGCCAUCAGCACCACCACAGGGCAGCAGGAAGGCGAAGGAUCUGAAGGGGAGGGGGAGGGGGAAGCCGAAGGAGACGUCCACGCCAGCAACAGGCUGCACAUGGUGCGUUUGAUGCUACUGGAGAGACUGCUGCAGACCCUUCCCCAGCUGAGGAAUGUCGGCGGGGUCCGCGCCAUCCCUUACAUGCAGGUGAUUCUGAUGCUUACGACGGACCUAGAUGGUGACGACGAGAAGGACAAGGGUGCACUCGAUAACCUCCUUGCCCAGCUCAUUGCAGAACUGGGCAUGGACAAGAAGGAUGUCUCCAAGAAAAAUGAACGUUCCGCCCUGAACGAAGUCCAUUUGGUGAUCAUGAGGCUGCUGAGUGUCUUCAUGUCCCGAACUAAGUCAGGAUCCAAAUCGUCCGUUUGCGAGUCCUCGUCCCUCAUCUCCAGCGCCACGGCGGCUGCUCUGCUAAGCUCUGGCGCGGUGGACUACUGCCUCCACGUCUUGAAAUCCCUCCUGGAAUACUGGAAGAACCAACAGAACGACGAGGAACCCGUUGCCGCCAGCCAGCUGCUGAAACCUCACACCACCUCCUCCCCGCCGGACAUGAGCCCCUUCUUCCUGCGCCAGUACGUGAAGGGUCACGCGGCUGAUGUCUUUGAAGCGUACACCCAACUCUUGACAGAGAUGGUGCUGCGGUUGCCUUACCAGAUCAAGAAAAUUGCAGACACCAACUCCCGCAUCCCGCCGCCGGUCUUUGACCAUUCUUGGUUCUACUUUCUCUCAGAGUACCUGAUGAUUCAGCAGACGCCCUUUGUGCGUCGCCAAGUCCGCAAGCUCCUGCUGUUCAUCUGCGGCUCCAAGGAGAAGUACCGGCAGCUGCGGGACCUCCACACGCUGGACUCCCACGUCCGGGGGAUCAAAAAGCUGCUGGAGGAGCAAGGGAUCUUCCUGCGGGCCAGCGUGGUCACGGCCAGCUCAGGAUCCGCCCUGCAAUAUGACACACUUAUCAAUUUGAUGGAGCAUUUGAAGGCUUGUGCGGAAAUCGCCACCCAGCGAACGGUGAACUGGCAGAAGUUCUGUAUCAAAGACGACUGCACCUUCACCCUGAGCAUUCCAUGA